GAAUGUAAAAAUGUUAUGACUACGCCCAUGUCCCACAAUCUUAUUUUGUUUGGGCCGCAUUUUUUGGGGCUUAUCAUUCUGACUAUGGUAUUCGUUAUCAGUAGAUAAAAACCUCUCCAGACCGAGCCGUUAGCAUGCCUAUCGUGCCUAAUUGCCGAAAUCACUGGACCCCCAUACCAAAACUCGCCACCACGAGAGAACCGAAGCAAUUUGCUUGACGCCAUUUCGUUCUUUAUUGACGCGACCAAUUAAGAAGGCAACGUUGUUGAUUUGAUUGCAAGGCGAAUAUGAAUACAACUGGAAUUCCUAUAUGGGUUAUAAAUAAAGCUGGGCCCCCGAAAGGGCUGUUCAGAUGUGGAGAGCGGCUGCCGAUCGAGAGGAACUCCGAACUGAGAAACGUUUCUAAUCUUGGCCCAAGUUACAGUUUCCAUUGCACAAGAAGAAGCUUAUCAAAAGUGAAAAAAAUAAAACUGGACCCACAACAAGUAACAACAUCUACACAACGGCAGCAGUCUAGCAACGAAGCGUAUACGUAAUGCCAAGCAAAGUUCCAUUCAUUUAACGCGCGCUCGCUCGUUUCAGUUCUCGGGCAGGUGUCAAGCGACGUACACGCGAAACGCCGACGCGGUUACAGUUCCAGAAUAUCAUAUAUGUAUAUGCUAUAUAUGCUCGAGUGGCUAAUUAACAUAAGCGUUCCGUCCCGUCUCUUUACCUGAACCUGAGCUGUCUGGAAUACACUCAUCCACAAUUCUUUUGGGGAAGCGAGUACAAAGUCACAAUACAAUAUUUUGAAACAUACUCUCCGACAUACAUACAUACAUACAUAUAUAUAUUUGCGUAUGCAAAAACGGAUCGCCAUGCUGGAUCCCAUUUCGGACACACCGCUGGUCUUGGCCUACGUAUUUAUGUCGCUGCUAGUGCUCAUUCUGUGCUUCAUUUUCUUCAAUGUGGUCCACAAGCUGUAUCGCAGUCUCAACAGCGAGGUAUCAGCGGUUCCGAUAUCCACCGCACAGCCGCUGAAGACCUCCAUCAUGGAGCUAGACGCCAUGAAAACCGGUUAGGAUGGGCGCAGCGGCAGCAGCAGCAGCACCACCAGCACCAUCACCAUCAUCAGCAGCUGGCUAUGAGAGGGGCGAGAAUCUCAGUGCGACGUCGGAGCUCCGGUUUUAAUUCGGGCGUUCGGAGCACGAGGCGCAGCAGCUGCAAUCCACCCACUCGCACGACACAAAAAUUUUAGACGCCUGUUGAUACAUAUAUAAACAGAAAAGCAAUUAGACAUAAAUACACGAAACUAGGCUUACGAGUAGAAAUUAACUACAUUUAACGCUGGUCCUCUAGUCAAUUAAUUGUUCGGUUUUGCCCUAAGGUUAGGUUACAUGUGUACAUUGAUAUUGUAAAUAAAGUGACUUGAACGAUA